GGCUCCUAGGCACGACUACAAUCUUGGCGGACACCCCGGAUCUCACCUCGUCACUCGCUGGCACUCCGAAUUGCCGCUCCCGACCGCCUUGCACCUGCGGGCCAUCGUUCCGCGGCCUGGCCAGAUAAGUGGAGAUGAACAACAGCGGGAGUUGGUGUUAGCAACACGAUCACCGACGCAUCAGCUCGCCUUGCCUUUGAAGACGACAGUGCUGAACUCCUCACUAUCAAGAUGGUCAGGUCAACGUUAAUCGCCAGAAUUGAUGGCCUGAUGCUGGCGGCGUCGGUUGACGAUGAACAGUCUGAAGGAGAACUGCAAGAGAUCAAGUCACAAGCCAAGAUGAUAUUCCGUCGUUUGAACCGCAACUCAGAGCCACAGGCGAGCAUUGAAUCCGGCCAGUUCAAUCUACAUUACAUUAUCAAAGAUGAUAUCUGCUUCCUCUGCAUAUGCGAUCGCUCCUAUCCGCGCAAGCUUGCCUUUACCUACCUUGCCGAUCUUGCGACAGAGUUCACCACCACAUACUCCCCUGCACAGUACCAGUCCCCCACGCUGCGACCGUACGCCUUUGUGGAAUUUGAUACCUUCAUCCAACGGACCAAGAAGCUGUACCAGGACAGUCGCGCUUCGGCGAACCUUGACCGCUUGAAUGACGAGCUGCGGGAUGUAACGAAAGUGAUGACCAAGAAUAUCGAAGAUCUGUUGUACCGUGGUGAUAGCUUGGAACGUAUGGGAGAGUUGUCUGGUCGUCUUCGGGAAGACAGCAAGAAGUACAGGAAAGCCGCUGUCCGCAUCAACUGGGAGCUGCUGGUCAAGCAGUACGGCCCAUUCGCAGGUGUCGGUUUCAUCCUCCUUUUCAUGAUCUGGUGGCGCUUCUUCUAAUUAUGCUCUAAGCGGCCACAAAUAUGUACACCCACUAAUAUGAAUGUAUGCAUAGUUAAUGUCUCCGGUGGAUGCAGGACACCAUCUUCCUU